UUAUAAAAAUGCUUUUUUUAAUGAUGGAGAUCUUGAUUGCUGGGUAUAGGGUUGUGUUUGGUUUUUUGUGUAGUGUUUUGAGAAGAUGGGAUGAACUGGUAUGGGGCUAAUCAGUUCAAGUUGCUUGUAUUAAUCAAAGUUUAGAACUCUCUUUUUUUUUUUGGAGUCUAAAACCAUGGUUCUGUGGGGAUCUUAACUUUUGGUUCUCUUGUACUGUAUUUGGCUCUUUGUAUGAUGUUUUGAGAAGAUUGGGUAAAUUGGUAACGGGGGAGAUCAGUUGAAGGUUUUCGCAUUAAUUUAAAGUUCAGAAUUUUUUGGUAAAACCAUGGUUUCUGUGGGGAUCUUAACUUGUGAUUCUCUUGUACUGUGUUUGGCUCUUUUUAUGCUGUUUUGAGAAGAUUGGGAUGAAUUGGGAUGGGAAAUAUCAAUUGAAGUUGUUAAAGCUCAUAACUGCUUUCCCUAAAAUGAAAGGUAUUCUGUGGCGAUCUUAAAUGUGGGUUCAGGUGUAAUGUUUGGAGAAGAUUGGAUGAUUUGGGAAGGAUGUAGCGAAAAAAGAGAUCGAUAACUGUAUUCAACGGACAAUUUUAUCUCUUGAGAGUUGAGAAAAGCUCUUGAAAGGAUUUCACAUAUAUCUAUUUGAUCCAAUCUGUUGUAAUAUUCGCAAGGAAGAUGAAGCUGUUCAGUGUACUGGUUAUACUUGCCUCUCUGUAUUCUGCAGUGUUCUCUGAUAUUCAAGGAGAUGCCUUAUAUGAUUUGAAGCUUAAAUUAAAUGCAACUGCUAAUCAACUAACAGAUUGGAAUCAGAAUCAAGUCAAUCCUUGCACAUGGAACUCUGUUAUUUGUGAUUCAAAUAAUAAUGUUAUCCAAGUAACAUUGUCGUCUAUGGGGUUUACUGGAGUUUUGUCACCAAGGGUCGGUGAGCUAAACUAUCUAAACGUAUUAUCACUGCCAGGCAAUACCAUAACUGGUGGUAUACCUGAACAGUUUGGAAACCUUUCGAGUUUAACAAACUUGGAUUUGGAAAGUAAUCGGUUGAGUGGAGAGAUACCACCUUCACUUGGUAAACUUACCAAGCUUCAGAUUCUGAUCUUGAGUGGAAACAAUCUCAGUGGAAACAUUCCUAAUUCCUUGUCAAAUCUCACUAGCUUAAAUGACAUUCGUCUAGCAGACAAUAAUCUCACUGGUCAGAUUCCUAAUCGCCUAUUUCAAGUAACAAGAUACAAUUUUACAGGAAACAAUCUAAAUUGCGGUGCUAGUUUCCAAUAUCCUUGUGUAUCGAAAAUGUCAGAUCAAGGAGAAUCUAAUCAUUCGAAAAUAGGAUUGGUGCUUGGAAUUAUUGGAGGAGUGAUUGGACUCUUGAUUAUCAGUGUUAUAUUUAUUAUUUGCAAGGGUAAGAAGAAGGGUUGUCGGCCUGAAAUUUUUGUCGAUGUUGCAGGUGAAGAUGACCGAAGAAUUGCUUUUGGACAAUUGAAACGAUUUGCAUGGAGAGAAUUACAAAUUGCUACUGAUAGUUUCAGCGAAAAGAAUAUCCUUGGACAGGGAGGUUUUGGAAAAGUGUAUAAAGGAGUGCUUGGAGAUAACACAAAAAUUGCGGUCAAACGAUUAACCGAUUAUGAAAGUCCGGGAGGGGAAUCUGCUUUUCUUCGUGAAGUUGAGAUGAUUAGUGUGGCUGUUCAUCGAAAUCUUUUGAGGUUAAUCGGUUUCUGUACAACUCCUUCAGAGCGUCUUCUAGUUUAUCCGUUUAUGCAAAACUUGAGUGUUGCUUAUCGAUUGCGAGACUUCAAACUCGGGGAGCCUGUGUUGGACUGGCUGACGAGAAAGCGAAUUGCGUUAGGCACGGCUAGGGGAUUAGAAUACCUGCAUGAGCACUGUAAUCCGAAGAUCAUUCACCGGGAUGUGAAAGCUGCCAACGUCCUACUUGAUGAGGAUUUUGAAGCUGUUGUUGGGGAUUUUGGCUUGGCGAAACUAGUAGAUGUCAGGAAAACAUCAGUCACAACACAGGUCCGAGGCACUAUGGGUCACAUUGCGCCAGAGUAUCUGUCCACAGGAAAGUCAUCAGAGCGAACUGAUGUUUUUGGCUAUGGUAUAAUGCUUCUUGAGCUUGUGACAGGACAACGUGCAAUUGACUUUUCCCGCUUAGAAGAAGAAGACGACGUGCUAUUGCUUGAUCAUGUUAAAAAGCUCGAAAGGGAGAAGCGUCUUGACGCAAUUGUGGACUGCAACUUAAACAAGAACUAUGAUGCGCAGGAGUUGGAAAUGAUGAUCCAGGUUGCUCUGCUUUGCACACAAGCAUCGCCGGAGGACCGUCCGACGAUGUCAGAAGUAGUACGAAUGCUUGAAGGAGAAGGCCUAGCCGAGAGAUGGGAAGAGUGGCAACAAGUAGAAGUUGCUCGAAGGCAGGAAUACGAAAGAAUGCAGAUGAGAUUCGAUUGGGGCGAAGACUCCAUAUACAAUCAGGAUGCGAUCGAGUUAUCGGGUGGCCGAUGAAGAAGUGCCAUCGAUAUCUGAUUCAUUUUUGUAUAUAAAAAGUCAGUGAGCUCGAGAUUUUGCGGGGCCAUGACAUGGAUUGAUUGCGAAAUUGGACAAUGUGUGUCUUGAGAUAUAGCUGCAACUUGGUUGCAUUAUGCGCAUGAACAUGAAACUCACGUGCUUUAUAUAUUUCUAUUUAAGUGAAGCAUUUGAUCAUCGAAAGAGUUCAGAAACUUCCAUGGAGAAAUGCUUGGCUACUGCUGGUGUUGAUGCUUCGGCAACUCAACGACCGGAAGAUCAAGUCCGAGGACAGCAAGCUCCGAGCAUCAUCUGGUCGACGGAGUUUCUUAUUGAUCCAUGUUUGAUGAAAGACGAGAAGAAGAUGAAGGAGAUGCUGAGGGCUUGGGCUAAGGGUGUGGCUGCGGAUAUCGCCCUUAAUAAUUUAUAGUGUCAUCACCGUCUUCGCCGGAGCUUUUUAAAGCGUGUGUUUUUUCGCUGUGAUGUGGGUAGUACUAGAAUGGUUGAUCUCUUAGAAAUCUGGCUUUGAAAAACUUAUUCUCUGAGAAAGAGUGACUGUAAAAUGAGUGACCUCGGAGGAAAUCCUGGAGAGAUUAUAUAAACAUGCAUGUAAAUGAGAUUUGUAGUUGAAUUUUAAUAAAAGUAUUGUUUGAUAUA